CCAUAUCAAUUAAUUUUAAUAAUGAUAUGGUGUGGAACAAUAAAAGUGAUAAAAUUUUUAACGUUAUCAUUUAGGUUUCGCAUUAAACAAUUUAAGCAAAUUUUCAGAAGCAAUUGAGUGUUGUGAUAUCGCAAUAUCAAUCAAUCCUAAAAAUCACCUUGCAUUGAAAAACAAAGGUAAAAUGCUUUUAACCUAGGAUUCGCAUUACAUAAAUUAUAGAAAUAUUAGAAUGCAAUCGACUUUUAUGACCAGGCUAGUUCUAUUUUUCCUAAUCCUCAAAUAUUAAAACUCAAAGGUAGGAUAUUUAAAUAUAAAUUCUUUAGCUGAUUCACUAAGCCAGUUAGGAAUAAAAUCUGAAGCUAAAAUAUUAUAUAUGGCGGCAUUAUAAUAAGGAUCAACCGAAAAAGAUCAAAUAGUGAAAUAAUUAUCAAAAAUAUGA